AUGUCGAUUACCCGGCAAAAUAGUACUAAAUCCUCCAAAGGAAACCUGGAUUCAACUCCUGACCCUAAGCCCCUGCAGAAAUCAGGUAAGCGCCAGAAAACAACAGAGAACCAGGAGGAGGGGGUGAUCAGUUGUGUUGAUAGGAUCAGCGGUUUCCCAGAUUCAGUUUUGCUGCAUAUUCUAUCGUUCCUUCCCACUCAGAAUGUGGUGAGAAGUAUGGUUUUAUCAAAGAGAUGGGAACCUCUAUGGACUAGUGUCCCCUGCCUUAAUUUUGACCAGUCGAGUUACCAACCACCAAAACGACGACACAAAGUAGUGAACUUCAUGACGUUUGUUAACAGGGUCAUGCUUGAACACGAUUCCGGAUCCGUUCGGAAGUUUGGAAAGCACUACCCAUUCGCAUAUUUCAAAGCACUAUUCCUAUGCUUAUUUAGGUUGAGGAACUCGCUUCCAAGGAGGACAGGCUGCAGCCUACCCAACCUGAAAACACUUGAACUUGAUUCCGUGAAAUUUCAGGACAACAACACAUGA